GUCAUCUUCACAAACAAAUCGCAAAACAUUUCAAAUCACCCCCUUCCUAUUCAAAUCACCACCGUUGAUUCUACUUUUUUCCGAUCAGCACCACAAUGGCCGAAGAGAAGCACCACCACCACCACUUCCACCACCACAAGGACGACGAAGACAAGCCCAUCGAUUCAGCUCCUUAUUCCGGCACCACCACCGGAUAUGGUGACACCACCACCGGAUAUGGUGGCACCACCACCGGCUACGGUGGCGUUGAAGAAGUGACCACCUAUGGUGAGACCACCAACGCCUAUGGAAGCGGUGGUGGAGGGAGUGAGUAUAGUGAGAGUACUGGUGUUUAUGGAACUACAGCACCUCCUCGUUUUUCUGAGGAAACCCCUGAUUUUGAGAAAGAGGUUAAGCAACACAAGCACCGUGAGCACCUUGGUGAGCUUGGUGCUGUUGCUGCUGGCACUUUUGCCUUGGUAAUUAUUAUUCUUCUCUUAUGUAUCCAUCUAUCCAUCUAUCACUUGGUUUAGUAAAAAUUGGUUUAG